CGCAGACUUCGACAUGGCAAAGCCAACGACAUCGAGCUCCAACAACAACAGUCGCGAGGCGGUGAACAACAAUAACAACGUCCACAUCAGGGGACAGCCGGAGGAGAACCAACCCUUGGCCCAAUCCACGGCUCCGGCCCCCGCAAACACACCCCUGAACAAGGCCAUCAAGCAUGACCUCUUUCCGGAGGUCACUUUCUGCAACCUGUCCGUGGAGGAGCUCACGGAUGGGGCUGAAGAGGGUCACAGCCGGGUGGUGAGAAGCAGCGUGAUCGCCACGGAUGGCGAUGGUGCGCUCACCUGCCUGAUGAACGGCAGCGGGGGGCAGGUGAAAAGGCGCAAGCGGCUGAUUUCGAACGAGUCCGGCGACUCGAUCGAUUCCAGCACCACGGACAAGAAGACGCCCAAGAUGCCCGAUGGCGGAUACGGUUGGGUGGUGGUGUUUGCCUCCCUGGUGGUAUCCCUUAUCGCCGACGGACUGAGCUUCUCGUUCGGCCUCAUCAACGUUCAGCUGCUGGAGUACUUUGGCGAGUCCACCUCGAAGACCGCCUGGAUCUCGUCGCUGUUCUUCUCCGUGCCCCUGCUAAUGGGACCCAUCUGGUCGAACCUGGUGGACAAAUACGGAUGUCGGAAGAUGACCAUCCUGGGCGGCAUCGUGUCCGCCUUCGGGUUUGCCCUCUCCUCCUUCUGUAACUCCAUCGAGAUGCUUAUGGUGACCUUUGGAAUUAUCUCAGGGCUGGGACUGGGCAUUGGAUACGUCACCGCUGUAGUUUCCAUUGCCUUCUGGUUCGACAAGAAGCGCACGUUUGCCACCGGAAUCGGAGCCUCGGGCACGGGCAUUGGAACCUUCGUGUACGCCCGUCUGACUUCCUACCUCAUUGAGUCAUAUGGCUGGCGGGGAGCCACCCUAAUCUUGGGCGGCACCAUGCUCAACGCCUGCGUGUGCGGUGCCUUAAUGCGGGAUCCCGACUGGCUGAUUGAGGAGAACCGGCUGGAGAGCCGGUCGCAAAGCGUCACCACCUUCUCGAACUCAAGCGUCUGCCUGGAGGAAAUCAAGAAGCUUCUGGACACGGGGAUCACCAAGGAGGCCGUUCUCGACUCCCUCGUGACCAAAAACAACACGGAGGCCAACCAGCAAAUCGACGAUCCUCUCGACACUGGCCUAAAGCGCUACAGGAGCGAGAUCUUUCUGCCAACCUUCCUGAGCACACAGGAGUUGGACAGCAUCUGCGAGGUGAAGAGCCUGAGCCGGCGCUCCUUGCGGCACAAGGAGGGUGCAGAGGCGCCUUCCCGUGAGAACCUUCUCUCCAUGUCCUCGGGAGCGGGAGCUUAUCCUCCCUCAACCGCCAUUCUUGGAUCGCCGGAUGACACCUCUAUGGGAGGUAUCGCGCACGAGGCUUCGGAGGCGGCCAAAAAGACCUACCUGGCAUCCAUAGAGACACUGUCGCCGUCGGAAAAGCGUUCCAUUGGUGCUGGCACCCCGAAUGGGUCACUCCGCUCCUCGGACGAGGGUUACCUCACACAAAAACACGCAAGCUCCCGCUAUUCGCUGAACGAAAAUCUUUUCAUGGCCAAGCACACGACGCCUUCCAUCUCAAACCUGAAAGUGAACGGCCUGCGUCACAACUCAGUGGAUAUCCUGAGUGAGGACAUGCACUGCUAUUACUCCAAGGAUGAAACAUUCGCACUGCUAGAGCCGAGCAGGCGGAUUGGUCCCACGGUGAUAGCUAUUCCGGAGCAAGAGCCGGCGUCCAACAGCGAACUGGCCACGCGAAGAGCCCGGCUGGACAGCAUCACAGGAAUCCGGCGACUGUCGCGGUCCAAGAAGCCCAGCCAGCAUCGAUCCAACCUGCGACGAAACAUCUCGAUUAGGAACUCCAACUUCCUCAAGGACAUGCGCAUCCACCGAAACUCAAUCCACUACCGCGGUGCCAUGCUGAACACGCACCGCUACCGCCUGCGAGCCUCCUCAUGCCCCAACAUCUACCGCAACUCGAUGACCACCAUAGCCAAGGAGGAGGAAGAUACCUGGUACGACAAUUUUGUGGACACCAUGAAGUCCAUUUUUGACUUCUCCCUUUUUCUGGACAUGAAGUUUGCCCUCUUCAAUCUGUCAACAUUGUUUUUGUUCAUUUGGUUCAUAAUUCCCUAUCUGUACCUCCCUGACUACAUGAAGCAAUACGAUUACGAUGUGAGUGUAAGUGCUGUUCUGAUAUCGGCUGUUGGCAUUGCCCAAACAGUGGGAAUGAUUGGACUGGGCUAUCUGGGUGACCUUUCGUGGAUGAACAUCAACAUAUGCUACUCCCUCUGUAUGCUGGUCUGCGGAGCAUCGGUGUUCUUUAUGCCGAUGUUGAUGACCAGUUACAAUGGCUUGAUGGUCAUGUGCGUAAUCUUCGGCUUCACGUUCGCCAGCUCAUUUUCAUUUACGCCCAGCAUUCUGGUCAGUAUUGUGGAUUUGGAUGAUUUCACGUGUGCCUAUGGUCUGGUGCUGCUGGUGCAAGGAGUGGGUAUGAUCGCUGGCCCACCCAUAGCGGGCGUUAUCUACGAAUAUACCGGCAGAUGGGACGACUCCUUCUAUUUUGCCGGCAUAUUUAUCGCACUCUCCGGCGUCUGUUCGUAUCUGAUCGAGUUCUGUGAGAAGAAAGCGCCCAAGGAGAGUGAUAGUGAUGUCUCAGAGACUAAAAAAGCUCAACUUUUACACUAGGUUACUUGUACGUACAUUACUUGGUUGCAAGCCGAAAGAGAGAAGAGAAGCAAACACAACUUGAGGUACUAAAAUCUGGACUAGCAUUAAA